CCAUUCUAACAGGAUGUACGCAAUAAACUGAAUAAGUACAGGAAAAAGUAUGCAGAUAACGGUGAAAAUAGAUAGUGAUAGUUGAGUCGUCUCGUUGGCGACAAACAUUUUUGAAAUGGACCGCCAAGGCCGAUCCGGGUAUCCUACUCGAUCCAAUUACUCACGUUAUGGCAGAGGUAUUCAUCAUCAGUCACAUACUGAAGGAUCUAAGCCAACAUUCACUCGCAUCAACCCUGACACAAAAUUUAUUGAUAACGAAGACGUUGAGGGGGUACACCUUGUAAAUGACUUUGACCUGGUUCGUCAACUGCAAGUGCGUUUGGGAGAAUUCGCCAAAGGACCGAGGAAUAUUUUUCCUGCAAUGUGGCCCGUCUCCUUGUCCACGAAGAACGUCCAGUCGCUUGCAUCAAAGCCUUAUUAUGUGGUGGGACCCAAACCAGCCGGACCGCGUUUCCUGCUUUACAUCGAUUCUUCCGGGGAUAUUUUCCUGGAGAAUAUGACGCAACACAUUUUUCGUGUCGACGAGGAUCACGCCAUUAAGAUAGAAACGUUUGACGGGCGACCAAUAACAGACACUGUUCUCGAUGGAAUAAUUACAAGAGAGAAAUCAAUUGACAAUGCCAGUUGUAAUGGAAAAGAGGCUACCAGGAAAUUUACGUUUAUAAUUCUGGACGCAAUCAGGUGCAGCGGAAAUGACCUGACUGGUUUGAAUAUCCUCGAACGAAUCGCUUUUGUCAGGGAAGUGAUCAUGAUACCAAGGACGUAUGCCCGGGGAAAAGAGAAGGAAGCAUUUGACUUGGAGAUAAUCAAAUACGAGGAUGCGUAUCAGACAGAAAAUUACUUGUCUGAUGAAUUCAUCAAUAGUUACAAAUAUCCAUUUCGUUCGCUAGUCUUUCAUCCACGACAGAAGGGCUAUAACACCAGAUCCACUUACAAAGCCUUUCAGUGGCGGGAAAAUGAUGUUCAAGAAAUCAGUUUUCGGCUUCAAAUUCCAAAAGGAAUCAGAGAGCCAAAAGUCGCCGAGCUUCAUGUGAUAGGCCCUUAUCGCUCUGAAAUCAAAUACGACACGAUUAAAAUGACAGAAGAAAUUAAAAAGCUGGACGGAUGCAUUAUUGAUUGCCGCUAUUUUGAUCACCAAUGGAUCUUCAUCAAGCAGCGCCAUGACCGCAAUCAUCCCAAUGGAAGGCGUGCAGUUAUGGGGAAAAUGGAAGCGCUAGAAAAUUCCGUGUCUCGUGAUCUUCUCCUGGCUACUCUAGAAAAUUCUAGAGGUUUGGAAUGAUAUUGUUUUCUCCUUCGGUUUGUCUAUUAUAGCUGUGUGUUCACGGUUCAAUCAAGUUCAUCCACGGUUAUUAUAUAAAAAAAAUUAGAAAUACACUAUUAAUAAGUUGAGCUAGUAA